AAUGGCAUUCGACCUGGUGGUUGUGAACGCGACGGUAGUGACUGCCAGCGAUGUCAGUCACUGCUGUAUCGGGAUUCAGAACGGCAAGAUCAAGACUCUAGUGGACUCAUUCACCAGCGAGGAAAUCGGAGAUGCUGAGGUUAUUGACGCCGAAGGCGCAUAUGUCAUGCCUGGGGGAGUUGACGGACACGUCCAUUUAUGCCAGGACCUGAAGACGGGCCCCCAUGGUCUCGGCGGCGAAUGUGCGGAUAACUUCGAGACGGGUUCGCGCAGCGCCGUGGCUGGUGGGACCACGACCAUCCUCACCUUUGCGACGCAGACGCGCGCCGAGCAAGAUCGCAGCCUGCUGGACGUGGUGAAGGCAUACCGGGCACGCGCCGAGGAGACAGGCAGUUACAUUGACUAUGGGUUCCAUGUCAUCAUUGUGCGCAACGACGCCGAGAUCCUCGACAGAGAACUGCCUGUGCUGAUGCACGACUGGGGGAUCAGCAGCUGCAAACUGUUUCUUACGUAUGAGACGCAGCGGCUGACGGAUGCGCAGCUGCUGGAUGUGAUGUUUGCAGCACGUAAAAAUUCCAUGACGACUAUGAUCCAUGCAGAGAAUGGCGAUAUGAUCGAAUGGCUGACUGAUAAACUGGAGAGUAAAGGGAUGGUUGCACCCUAUUAUCAUGCUCUCUCCCGGCCACCUCUCGUGGAAGGCGAAGCAACCAACCGGGCCAUUGCUCUGGCCCAAUUGAUCCAGAAUCCGAUUCUCUUUGUUCACGUCGGAUCAGCACUUGGGGCUGCAAAUGUUCGUCGUGCGCAGACUCAAGGGUUGCCUGUGUAUGCCGAGACGUGUCCGCAGUAUUUCAAUCUCACAUGGGAUGAUCUGAAACGAUUCCACUCCCCAACCUGCUUUGAGAACAGCAAAAUGAUCUGUUCGCCUCCACCGCCGCCGGAUACAACCGACCAGGAAGAUCUAUUUAUUGGCCUGCAUAAUGGGACAUUUACCAUCUACUCCUCCGACCACUGCCCCUUCCGGUACGACCACCCCCAUGGAAAGCCAUCGGGGGUCCUUGAAGACGCAAAGAGCAUGGCAGGAGAGCCAGAAGAGCCAGAAGAUCUGGGAGCUCUGCUGAAGCGCAAACAGGGCGCCUUCAGACUGAUUCCAAACGGCAUUCCUGGCGUGGAAACGAGGCUGCCGCUGCUCUACAACGCCCUGGCGAGAGGGAGGAUCACCCCGUCACGGUUUGUGGAAUUGACGGCGACAAACCCUGCCAAAUUGUAUGGUCUGUAUCCCCGAAAGGGAGCGUUGAUGCCCGGCUCUGAUGCCGAUCUCGUUAUUUGGCACCCUGACAAAACAUUUACUCCCUUCCGAUUGACCAACUCAAUGCUCCAUCACAACGUGGACUACACCCCAUACGAAGGCGUCGAGUUCGUCAACUGGCCUCGCUACACUAUCCUCCGUGGCAAGGUGAUGUGGGCAAACGGCCAGCUGCAGGGGCAAGUUCGAGACGGACAGUAUCUUAAACGAGGGCCCAGCCAGCUCAGCCAGGGAGUGUCGCGGAAAGAUUCCCGACAGGUGGCAAUGUGGUUGUAUGAACAAUAGUGUAGGUCAUGAAUAUAAUCACUUGAACUAUAUUCCAAGUAUU